AUGCUUAAAUCUAUAGCAGUAUCCUUACUUGUUGCAGCUGUUUCCUCAGAGAUGACUCAAUAUCACUCUGAUUCAAACAUGCACUAAAUUUCUGAUCCCUCAUGGCCUCCUGUCCAUGUUGCUUACAACUUUAAAGCUGACUUCCAGUUCAUGCAAUGGGAGCCCACUCUUAAAAAGCUUAUUCCCUAUGCCAAUAUGAAUGGUACUCAGUUAGUUGACUCAGCAGGCAACAGAGAGAGAGUAGAUGUUUGGCUUCAGAUGGACAAAAUGGGCAUGAUGCAACUCAAGCAAGUUUAUGAUUACAAUACCAAAACAAUCUUAGAGCAUGUUCCAGCUAUAAGCAAGUGCAGCAAAUAUACCAUUCCAGAAGAUGUCAAUGUUGGUGAUAUCCUUAAUUAAAUCUAUACCCCAUCAUCUAACAUUACAUAAUACGAGGGUGAUGUUGAAGUCAAGUGGGACAUUAAGCCAGAAUUCGGAUUCAAGGUUGGCAAGCCACUACCAGAUUCCACACCACAAGAGCUUCUCUUCAAUAUUAGAUCCUACAAUCUAAACUACGUGCAACUUGAGAACUAACCAUACCUCUUCAGUAUUCCUUAAGGCCUAUAAAACCAAACUUUCACUGAUGCUGAUUUCAUCAUCCCAGAGUGCAGCUCAUAUGAAGAGAAAGGUGUUAAGGCAAGAGGGGACUCCCAUCACAAGAUCAAGCUCUUCUUCUGA